AUAAGACUGGGAGUAGAAGGUAUAACGCUUAGCCUUGAAGAAAACAACGACAGCUAUAAUACUACUUGAGGAUUAGGAUAGGAAUAUAUGCUGGACGAUAUGAGGAACGGACAAAAAAAAUAUAAGAAGCACAGUGAUACGCUAGAGGAGAUAGGAAUAAAGAGACCCCCGGAUCCAACUACUACGUGCUUAUACCCCCAUGCAACUUAUACUGGAAACAUAUUGAGUGAAGGAGUCGAAAAGGCAACUAUAUGUCAACAAAUAAACAGAGUGGUGAAGGAACAUUUAAUGAUCAAGUCAUAAAUAGUAUUUAUUGCCAAUUGAAGUUUGGACUGAAUUUCACAUUUGUUCGAAUCGAUCAGUUAUUGGAAUGAACUGAUUGACGUGUGAUAACGUCGUUAAGUUUGAUUAAUCGCCAACGGAAAACAAUAUUCCAUUGGAUCAUCUUCUCUGUUCGGGAUCUCGGAUAAAACGUUGGACCCAUUUCCCGAUUUUGAAAGGGAAUGACAAUUAUUUGGGACAUUCAUGGAACGACUCGAAAAACCAACAAGUAACUAUAUCUCAUUGGACUUUGGAUCACGGUUAUCAUGUUAAGUGUAUGUCUUUCAGAAGCUGUAGAACAGGACAUGAUAACGACACCCUUGACGAUUUCACACGAACAGUUUAACAAUAGUUUAGAUAUCUUAACAUGAUAUUCGAUUUUGAAUUCGUUAUGAGUUUAAGGUUUACAAUGAAUUGCUUAUCUAUCGAUUGAGCCCGCUUGGGUCAAUGUAAGUGAUGGAGAAGUCAAAUUUUCACCAAAAAUAUUCAGGGACUGUUUUAAAUCGCCCACCUUCGAGUCGCAGAGUUGUCCCGAGGUCGUCAACAGUGCCAGAGGAUGACGAACACAACGCCGGGAAGCUAUACGACCAUGCCGUGGAACAGGAGGAGAAUUAUAAUGAUCAUAAUGAGUCCAGACCCGGGAGUAGAGCCUGCACCCCUAGAGAAGAUCGAAUCGGUAUCAUCAACCAAUAUCGAAAACCAUGGAUUCGACCUCAAACAGCAGGUUGCGUGACGACGUCGACGCAAAGAGAAAGACAGAUGGUUAAAUAUCGCCAAGGUCGGCCGAAGUCUAGCCCUGUCGCUCGACGUCAUCGAUCUCCUGAUCGAGACAAAUACGGUUACGCUAUAAAACGACCUGACAGUCUACCACCCAGAAGUCGACCUGGUAGUCGACUAAGCAGACGGACGUCGUCAUCCAUAUCAAGGAGACGAGACUCGAUCAUUGAUAGCGACGUUGAAGAGAUUAUUGGUAAGAGUAAAGGUAUUAGCCAAGAGUUACGAACUAUGACUGGACACAGAGACGGAAAUGACAAUGAUAUUGAAACAAAAAAUCAUGGUUGGACAAGGGAUUCUGAAUCUACAGACACCAAAGAUGACAAAACGGAUGAAAGACGCAUUCCAACAUUAACCACGAGAGCACGAAUGCACGUGUCCACUGAGGUCGAUGAUCGAUCAAACGAUGUCGAGAAAACAGAAAAUGACACACAGGUCGCAAUCACGACAACGAUCGUUGAACCAGAGGAAGAACCACGGGAUGAAACUUCCAAUAAAAUUGGUUACGAAAAUCGAAAACAGAGCGUUUUUGACGUGACUAUGAUGGCUGCUGGAGGAAUGGCUGGUGGUCGUGCACGGAGUCUUAGCUCUGCGUCAACUGAUGGGAGAAGCUCACCGUCGCUAUCCCGGCAUCACGGAGAGUCAGUCGCUCGUCGAGCACGGAAGGAGAGAUUGAAGCGAUUGACCCAAUAUAGGAAUACUCGCUUUAACAGACCAGCAGAAACGGCUAGGGAAAAGCUUCUUCGGGUUUGUAAAACAGUUCGAGUCAUAGCUGGGAUUUGUCUUGCCAUGAAAAGUUAUGUGAAAGACGAAGCAACUAAGCAAUGGUCUCUUCAUGAGAUGCAUCUGAAUCUGAGAGCUGAUCUAGAGCAGAAUCUUGCCUUUGAUCUCAUCAUGUUCUCGAAACUCAGAGUGACAAGAGGAUCGGAGAAACUGAAGAACAUUCUUUCUCUAAAACCAGAGCAGAGGACACGGGCAGAUAUUGAAGUGGUCUUGGCCCUCUUGAGGAAGAACAAAGCAUUCACAGAAUAUCAGCAGGAGACACAGGUCGCACUCGCAAAAUAUAUGGAAUAUUUGAGGUUCGAGCCUCGUCGGAUUGUGGUUAAAGAAGGUCACGUAGCCUCUGGUUUUUAUAUCAUUCUAUCUGGUACUUGUCUAGUGAAUCAGAAAGAGAAUGAUCCGAGGAAUGGAGAGACCUUUGUUAGGACCAUCACCCAGUUGACAACAGGGGAGUCAUUCGGAGAGUAUAGCCUACUACACAACACAGUUCGUUCAGCUAGCGUUGUCUGUAAGGAUGAAGUUGAAGUACUUCUCAUUAACAAAGACGAUUUUGAUAACAUCAUCAAGCGUCCUUUGGAGCAGAAGCGUGAUGAGUUGAUUGAAUUCUGUCAUUCUCAUGAUAUAUACAUCUCAGCUACUCAAGAAACACUCAAGAAUCAACCUAAAGCUAUUUAUACUAAAUUCUUCAAGCCAGGCAUUGUUAUCACUGAAGAUAUAAUGUCAAGCGAGUACAUCUACGUCGUCAAAGAGGGUAAAUGUACAGUUGUAGCUGAAAUUCGAGAGAUGACGCCCCUGCCUAGAAAAGGCCAGCUACCUGACAGGUAUUUCAUGCACGAUGAGAGCUGGAAGAAAGAUGCAGCUAUUAAAAGAAGUAUGGCCGUACUCUCUGCCGGUAAGCGUCGCAGUUGGUCGGCAGCUGCCAGGAAUAAAAUUUACCCACCUGAGAAAAAAGAAAAGAACUUCUUUUCUAUGAAUGCCAUGAAUGUCGAGGACACAAGUAACAAUUAUCUUGAAGACAGGAGAAAAUCUGUUCAGAUGGCCACAAAGGAAUCACCCAGAUAUCUACUAAAAGAUGACCAGAUGAUUACAACGAAGAAGAAAGAAACAGAAACUGAAAGUAAAUCGGUGGGACUACAAAGAACAUGGAAAAGAGUUACAAUGUCAGCAAACGCUCUUUCACAAAAGGAGGAGAAGAAGAAUCCAGUUGAGUAUGCUCCAUCCGGCAAAAUAAAGACAACAUUCGCAAGACUUGCAACAUUGAAAACAGGAAUGGCAUUCGGUAUCGAAUCACUUCUCCCAGGAACCCAGCCCGAGGCUAAACUAUGCCUGAUCAGUGAUGGAGCUGAAGUCAUUCUCGUAUCAAAGAGACUCUUCGCAAGCGAUGUGACAUCUACCACCCUUAAAACAGCAAGCAAGUUGGCGGUGGAUUACCCUUCAAUAGACUUUACAAGAGAGGUUUUAGAAGAAGCCAGGACAUGGGCUACAUAUAAGAACAGAGUCAUCAAAGAGAUAUACAGCAAGAAACUAGAGAAGAGACCUGUACAACCAAGGAGAUAAUGAAGAAUACAGAUAUAUAGAUAGAUAGAUACAAAUAGAUAGAUAUAUACACAGAUAGAUAGAUAGAUAGAUAUAUACAAAUAGAUAUACAGAUAGAUAUAUACACAGAUAGAUAGAUACACAGAUAGAUAGACAGACAGAUAGAUAGAUAUACAGAUAUAUAUACAAAUAGAUAUACAGCUAGAUAUAUACACAGACAAGAUAGAUAGAUAAAUAUAUAGAUAGACAGAUAGAUAGAUGAAUGAAAUUUCAACAUACACAGGAACAGAUAGAAAGGGACAUGAUGUAAAGAAAUUAUAUCACACAUCAAUAUUUUAUAUGGUGCAUUAAGGUAGGUAGAAUGAUGUUUAUAAAAAAGCUGAUGAUUGAUUGGUAGACAGGAUACAAAUGAUCAAAUAAAUGACUAGAAAUGUUUUAUUUUUAAUACUGUUGAAUAUUUGAAGCAUUGGUGUACCUGAUCAAUGGAAUCUCUUGCCAGAACACAGUGACAUUGUUUAUAACUAAAUGUUUAAAUCUUGCCCAAUCCCAGUGCUAUAAAGAACACAGAUUACCAGCUGUUAUGGGACAAAUAAUGUAAAUAGAAAUGUUUUUAUCAAGCAAAUCAUCUUUGACUGAUUUGAUAAAAUCAGUUGAAUAAGCUUUUGAGGUAAUGAGAUUUAUUGAAAGUAGUAAUUAAGGAAAAUGAAAAUGAUUUUGGACACGAAUACAUAUGCAUCUGAUAUAUCAUUUGAGGUAUUAUGCAAUUUAAGUAUGCAAAUUUUGUAGGAAAUGUAACGAUUUCAUAUAUCAAUACCAUCGAGCUCACUAUGUGUGUGGUUUACAAGUGUGAUUUUGGUGAAUGUUUUCCUUUUGAUUUCUUAUGCAAGGUUUUAAGUGCAAUUAUAUUGUCUUUCAAGAAAACUGAAUAAAAUCAAAGACUAUGCCUUUGGAAAAUAA